GAGGAAGAAGUCGCGGGAGGCUGGUGUGCUGCAGGUAGCUAAACCUCUGAGUUCCGUUUUUAUUCGAAUAUCCGCAGAAAAGAAGCUGCAAUCUAUCCGCGGAUAUCCGCACUUCGGUCGUCCUCGUUCAGUGACCUACGCAGCGUGCCCGCGGGGAGCCGCAGGCCCUCCGCGGAAGGAGAUGUACCGCGGUCGGCCUCCUCCGAGAGGGGGCUACCCGCCUCCCUUUGAAGGCCGGGGUCCGCCUCCGCCGAGGCCCUACCCGGCCCCGGGCUACAGGGACGACCGGAGCCGGCCCAGACCUCCGUACCACUCCGGCUACCAUGACCAUGGACCCCCGGAUCUCUACCGCCGCUCGCCGCCGCGCAGGAGGUACCCUUCCCCGGGCUCAGACAGCAAUCGCGGCGGGGAGUUAUGGACCGGAGGUCCGCCGAGAGAGAGGUCUCUGUCUCCACGUGGCCCGAUUCCCCUGGACCACAACCUCGUCAUCACCGUUGGCAACGAGCUGAAUGGACCUUCUGGCUCCGCCUCCUUGUGCCAUCUCGAAAGACGGGAGUACGAGCAAAGCCGGGGUCGGAGCAGACCUCGCAGCCGCAGUCCCGACCGGAGUCGGGCCAGGAGUCUUGGAAGGAGCAAGAGCCGCCCCCGUAGCCAGAGCCGCAGUCCAAAACGGAACCGGGCCAAGAGCCGGGGGCGAAGCCGCAGUCCGGACCGGAGCCGGGCCAGGAGCAGGGCCAAGAGCCAGAGCCGCAACAGGAGCCACAGUCCGGACCGGAGCAGGGCCAAGAGUCAGGGCCGCAGCAAGAGUCGCCCCCGCAGCAGGUCUAAAUCUAGGUCCAGAUCUAGGUCUCGAUCCAGAGGAAGGAGUCGAGGGCGGAGCUACAGCAAAGGGACAAGCUAUGCUCGCAGUAAGAGCCGUCAGAGGAGCCGAAGUCGCAGUCGCAGUGCGAGCAGCAGCUCGAACUCAAGCAGCCACAGCAGAGGUGAUGCGACAGAUUUGAAUAAAGGGUUUAAGGAGCUGGAAAUGGCUCGACGCAAGAAGGAACUUGAGGAGCUGCUCACAUUACCAACAAAAUCCAUCCUGAAGAAACGCAGCUCAGAGGACUCGCCAUCUGUCAGGAGCACGGACUCUCCUCAAACUCAGGAUGGCUCCAUGUCCCGACUGGCCGAUCAGCUCCUGCACGCCGUUAAAGGCGCUGACCCUCGCAUGGUGGCGUCCAUGCUGGCGGAGCUGCGGUCUGAUCCACAGAUGGCUCGCCGUGCUGGCCUCGACGCUGAGAUCAAAGAAAUCCUCAGCCUGCUGGGGAUGACAACGCCGGGGCCCAGGACUCAGGAGAAGGUGCUAGACGACAUUGACGAUGAGGAGAGAUUCCUGUAUGGCGAUUCGGAGGAUCCCAAACCGCCGGCGCCGGAGCCAGUCUUGCCCCACAGCCUAGACUUGUAUGGAGAUGUAACUGAGGAGGUGCUGUAUGGAGACUACCCACAGCAGAAACUGGUCUCUGCUCAGACACACGGAUGCACCCUUCAGCCCCCUCACUCCACGGACAGUUAUGUGAGCCGGCCCACCAUCAGCCCCGACCAGAACAUCACGGUCCAGGUGUCGAACCCCGCUUACCCGCCUGGGACCGAGCCCCUGGAGGAGGGCGAGCGCCAGGCACUAGAAGAGUACGAGAAGAUCCAGGAUCUGCUUAAAACCAUUGGUCUGGACCUUGGAGUGGCCGAAAUUACCAAGAUGGCUGCCAGGACCAAAGAACGUCUCCACGGGAACAAACCACCUACAAAGACGCCCACACGGCGCAGACGGUACUCCUCCGACAGCUCUGACGGCAGCCGGCGGGGCCGUAGGUCACGAAGCCACAGUGGCAGCUCCAGCAGCACCAGCCGGAGUCGGAGCCACGGACGGGGUGGCGGUGCCACUGGCGCGGGCUGGAGCAGCGACGAGGAUGACCGCAGGAAGAGCUCAGCUCAGCUCAAAUCCCACCAAGACCGUGACGUUAAAGAGGAGAAAGGCGAGUGGAGCAACACGGCAGCGCCGCCCUGUCAGACUCCAGAGCCAAGCGGCCACCCCCCUCAUCCAGGUGUACCCAUCCCCACCUACCCCCCUCGCAGGUCCCCGAUGAUGCACCCCAGCUACCCCCCGCCUGUGUACACUCAGUAUGGGAAUUACUUGCCCUUCGUACCCCAGCAGUGGCCCCCCACAUAUCCACCCCCAAACAUGGGGAUGCCUCCCCCUACAGGUGCUGAGGAGUACCCCCCCACACUGCCCUACAAACAGGCUUACACCCCUGAGCCAGGGGUCAAAGGUUUGGUGAAGAGCUCCACCCAGCACGCAGAGAAGGGGAGCGCCAAAGCUGUGAGAGUGUCUGAGGAGCAGAACAACGAGAGCCAGAAACAGAAGGUUCUGGAGGAGAGAGAGAAGCUGAAGCAGGAGCGAGAGAUCAGGAUGAAGAAGAAGGAGUAUCUGAUGAAGGAGCUGGAGAGGCUCAGGAAGCAGCAAGGCGAGCUGCUGAGGAAGAAGCGCCGGGAGAAGGAUGGCCACAAAGACCCUCUGCUGCAGGAGAUCAGCCACCUGCAGGAGGAGGUCAUGGCCCAGAUCUCCAACCUCCGCAAGGAGCACGAGGCUGCCGAGAAGAAACGCAGCGAGAUCGAGAAAGUGGCACUCAUCCUUGGCCUGAACCCGUCGGACCGACCCCGCAGGAUCAGCAAACCGCCCGAGGUCCAGAAGGCUGAGCAGCAGACUCCACCACAGAAGAAGAAACGUGAGGCAGAAAGGAGCCCAGAAGGGCGGCCAGCGGCCAGCGGCCCCGCGAUGAAGCAGAUUUGCGUGACUCUGUCUCCUUCAAAGGCGUCCCUGCACACGCCGCCCGACGCCACUGCAGCUCCAGCCCCGCCCCCCGAGCCAUUUGAAUACUAUGACGCUGGAAACCACUGGUGCAAAAACUGUAACGCUACGUGUGGUUCCAUGUUUGAUUUUUUCACACACUUGCACAGCAAAACGCACCUAAAGACUCUGGACCCCUAUGACCGACCAUGGGCUUCCACUCCGAGCAAAAUCAACAAGAACCAGCCACCAGACGAGAAGCUGACGAAACCCGCUAAAGGUUCAGAGUUCCUGGUACCCGUCAGAGGUUUCUUCUGCCUGCUGUGCAGAGAGUUUUAUGGCGACGGCAUCUGUGCAGAAGAGCAUGUCACCACGCACGCUCACAACGAGAAAUAUAAGAAACAAAUGUAUGAGAAUCCACUGUACGAGCAGAGGCGGAACCUGGACCGCCAGGCCGGACUGGCCUUAGAGGCAAGUGGAAAGAAACGUAAACAUGACGACGAUGAGAAAGACAGCAAAGAGGAAAAGUCCAAACACAAAAAAGAGAAAAAGGAAAAGGAGAAAAAGAAAGAAGAGGAUGUUUCAAAGGAGGACAAGUCAAAAAUGAAAAAGGAGGAAGACGAGGAUAAGCUGAAGCCAAGCAAAAAGGAGGAUUUUAAGAGUGCCAAGAGCCCUGAAAAGGAGUGGCCUUAUUACAGCAAGAAAAAUAAUGAUGAAAAGUACAACUACAGCAAGAAGGAAGACAAGUACCAUUACAGCCGAGAGGAAGACGAAAGGGACAGCCGGUACAGAUACAGCAGGGAUGAGGAAUAUCGGUACCAUUACCGCACCGAUGCUAAUGACCGUCCAAAAUAUGGUUCGAAAGAUGAUGGGGACAAAUUUAAAGGUGGCAAAUAUUCAGAUGCCAGAUCCAAAAAUGAGAAAGAGCGAGAUGAAUGCAAACCUAAACCUGAGAGGGAAGGUUUUAAAAAGUCUGAGCCAGAGAAGCUGGCAGUCAGCAAGCCCGAACCACUACCAAAACCCUACGAACCGCCCAAAAUUCUUUGUGGCCCCAGUCCAGCCAUGAGGGCCAAGCUCCGCAAGCAGAGCCUGGAGGCUGGUAAACCAACUACACCAGCAACAACCACAUUUGGAAAGUUCAUCUGGAAGAAGAAGGAGAACAUGCUGGCAAAGGAGGCGGAGAAAGUUGCUGCAGAGUUCAUCAAGGAGGAUGAAGCCGCUGCGAAGGACAAGUCACCCUCGGUGGAAGACUCUUUUGCAAAGUCAGUAGCUGUUGCCAAAGAGAUCGCAGAGAAGCUGGGAAACCAGCCAAGCGUAUCUGCUCCCUGGAUGUCCAACCGGGGACGGAUCCGACCCAACCUCCCUACACCUGCUCUAGGUCUGAGGAAGCCAACCCUGAUGGGCAGACCUGCAUCUCUGAAUACCUUUCUGUCCAUUAAACCCCAAAACCCUACUUUAGUAGAGUCUCUUCCAACAGAGGGCGCAGUACUCACGCCUCCUCCCUUGAGUUCCGGAAAUGGUCUGCUUCAGACUAAAACGGUCCCAUACGUUGAUAAACUUGGGCCAUUUGAGGCAGUCCCUCCCCUGUUUCAGGUUAGACCUCCACCCGUGGUGCCUGUACCAUCUGAAGUUAAAUCUACUCCGCCUGUUUCUGAACCAGCCUCAGUCCAGCCAAAUCCUGCCCCUGCCGGUGUCACAACUCCUACACUUUCUAAAUUUAAUCUUGCUCCUACAGUUUUUGAACCUGCCCCAGUCCAGCCAAAUCCUGCCCCUGCAGGUGUCACAACACCUACACCUUCUAAAGUUAACCCUGCUCCACCAGUGUUUGAACCUGCCCCAAUCCAGUCAAAGACUGCCCCUGCAGGUGUCACAACUCCUACACCUUCUAAAUUUAAUCCUGCUUCAACAGUUUCUAAACCUGUCCCAGUCAACUUAAAGCCAGUCCCAGUACAGGCAAAACCUUUAACUUCUUCAGCUACCACAGCUACUCCAGCACAACCAGCCAUGAUAAAGAUUGUGUCUGACGUGGCAGCUCCUGGUGUCCCAGAGGGUGAGCAGACUCGUACGGUGUUUGUCAAACCUCCACCUUUCAUGAAUAAGUGUGAUGGAGCUCAGAAAUCAGACAAAUUUAGGAGUAACCUGGCUGCAGCCAGAGCCCAAGAUUUAUUUGGUAUCUUCUACAGCAGCAUCAGCCAAACGGGCCCCUCCUCGUUCAGCAAACCAGCAUCAGAUUCUAGAGCUGAAGGCAGUAGUGGCAGUAAAAGUCCAUUUCUAGUUCCAAAAGCCCUAACAGCCCAACCACAGUCCAAACCACACCCUGAAUCAGAGCCCCAAACAGAGUCUCAGCCACAGUCCAAACCACAGACACAGCAACACCUUGAACUCCAGCCUGAACCACAGCCCAAGGCACAAGGUCUUACUCAGUUCCCACUUCCAAAUGAACUCCAAAGAUCUCCACAACGAAGUCCAAAUGAACACCCACAAAACCCACUGACCCUGACAAACUCAGGCAUUCAAAUCAUGUCUGUCUGGUCCCUGCAGUCUGCCAAAGACUCCGCAUCUGAGUUGGCUCUACCUAAUGAAAGAAACACGCAAAUGUCUCAACCAAGAUUGUCUCCUCCGCUUCAGUGUGAGGCUCAGAGUGCACCUGAAGACCAGUCCGUGACAGCCAAAUUGGAUCCCGAAAUCUUCCCAGAGAGUCAGUCUUCCAGACUGGAGUCCCAGCUCAAACAAUGUCCUGAAAGUCAAAUAGAGCCCCGACAGUCAGAAUUAAACAGGGGCAACCAAUUCCAUCCAGAGGCUCAUUCUGACACAGAACCUGAACCCAAACCAAAAACGGGUCCUAAAACUAGGGGUAAGAAAACCCCGCCUGCUCCUCGGCCAACCCGGCAAACCCGAUCCCAAACAAGAUACCAGACCCGACAGCAGCUGAACCAGAACCAGCCUGAACCAGAACCCGAGUCAGCUUCAGGUGACACUGAUGCUGCAACUUCAGACCCAAAGAACUUGGACAUGGUAGAUCCUGGCUCUACGUCGCAGCCGGAGGCUGAGGCGUCCAGUGAGGCGAACCCUCAGAUUAUGAAGAUAACUGCAGAAACACUGGGCCUGCCCUCUGACAUGACCUCACUGGACUUUGAAUAUGAUUUUAACUUUGAGUAGGAGUCGACUGGGCUUUAUGACAUGGGGGCAAGGUUUAUUCUAACCACUCGGCCAUUCAGAAAGGCUGAAGCCACAGUGUGUCACAUAUUGGAGGGCAUCUGAAAGUGACGAGAUAGACACUUGCUGAGGGACUUCACCUGUCUAAAGGACCAGAUUUAUUUAGAGUUUAGUUGAAUUCCUUUGUUCACUGUUUUCUCCAGAAUUUGUUUUUAGGUCUGAUUGAUCUCAUAGAAACGUGUCCAGGACAUUUAUCCCCACCCAGGAGUCUCCUAGUUAUGCAGCUUUUGCUUACACAUCGCAGGUUUCAAAUAGACUAAAAGAAGAAUUUAAAUACUCAAAAAAACCUAUAAACUGCUUGAUUUAUGCCAUUUCUGUUUAAAUAACACAAUAAACCUCCUUUCUUUGAUCAUAUUCGGCAGCUGCGAGCGCUGGUGUUUUGCGUUUUGGAGUUGCAUUUAAAUGAACAAUGAUUUCACCUAACAGGACAAGUGAGCUCAUGUAGACGGCUGUCAUCCGAUCUACUGAAUGAGAAACCUUAUAAAAUCAGAGCGCUUACCUGGUCUGGUUGUGAUUUGUUAGUUUUUAGUUACGGUGUACCUGAUGCUACCUGGCUCUAAAUAAUAAAAACACAAUUGCGGACUUUCAGCCUGACCCAGUCCUUGAAAUACAUAAACCAGGCUCACUAAAGCACACAGUCUUUUAUUGUAAUGACACAACUUGUCCUUUGAGGCAGCAGUGUCUGUCUGAGGUGCUCUCUGUUGUAAGUGGAGCUGCAGCUGACGAUGAUGAUGAUGAUUUGGAUGAGUCUGCUAAGACUCCUGUGAAUUUCCAUACGCUGAGGUGAACCUGAAACACUUUGUAAUCCUUGGACCCUUUCACAGUUCAUCUGGACCAACCGUUUGGUUUCACCUCAUUUCUGCUUCUUGUCACAGGAAAUGUUGGCCCAGAACCUUUCGGGAAAUAAAAGAUUCCUGAAGUCAAAAAAAGCCCAACAAAGUUCAGACAGUUCAUCCCAGACUCAUUUCUUAAAUUUUCAAGCCAUCUGUGUAUUUUUUUUUUUUUAUAUAGGCGACCUUUCUGUUGUUGAUCUCAGACUUGCUGGAUGUCUUCCCCUGUGUAAAGGGUCUGAACUGAAUCAUCUGUCUCAGAAUAGAUAAAUCUGUGGCUGGGAAAUGCUAGAAAAGAACCUGAGACCUGGACCUCAAAGUUCCUGAACCUUCAGAGAAUAUGGCAUCUCAGAACACGAGGUGAGGCUUAAUUUAGCAACCAGAUCGUCAAAAGUUUCUUAGUGUCUGGGAAAUAUGUCAAUGUGAAGGCGAAGAUCUGAGUCAUGGUCCUUUCACUGGUUCUCAGUGUUUGAUCCAGCUAACCCAGAUUAACUCACUGUAACGUGCUAAAUUUGUGGUUAAGCUGUUUAAGAACUUGCAGAUGAGAGGCUGUAAUCCCUGUUAGGGUCUCAAACAAAUGGUUGGAAAGCAGAGCGUAUGAUACUAAAAGGAAAUGUUGUUCCCUCAUCACCUAUUGAAUGGCCUCAUACAGACGAAACUGAUGGGGUUCUGGGAUAGUUGGAAGACUGCUCCUUCAAAGAGCACAGUGUAGUUUGGGGGGGUUCACAGUUAAGGCCUCGUUUCGACCUCGGAAAGCUUGUUCUGAUGGCCCUGAAUGAAACAGUCUCUGGAACUGCAUCAGAUGUUCUUCCUUCAUUGUGUUUGAAACUGCUUGUCCUGUAACGUGUUAAAGUUUUAAUAAAAGGAGAAACUCCAA